CUACUGCUCUGUUGAGAAUUUAAGCUUUGCAGCAUAGAGUAAGUAGCUACACAGMAAACAGCACUUGGAAUUUUUGGUCCUACUUUGUUACGGAUUAUGACCCAACAAUUGAGGACUCCUACACCAAGCAAUGUGUGAUAGACGAGAGAGCCGCUCGCUUGGACAUUCUGGAUACAGCAGGRCAAGAAGAAUUUGGAGCCAUGCGUGAACAGUACAUGCGGACAGGGGAGGGUUUUCUGCUCGUUUUCUCAGUCACAGAUAGAGGAAGCUUUGAAGAAAUCUAUAAAUUUCAGCGACAAAUUCUUAGAGUGAAAGAUCGCGAUGAGUUUCCAAUGAUUCUCGUUGGCAAUAAAGCAGAUCUGGACCACCAAAGACAGGUGACACAAGAGGAAGGCCAGCAGCUGGCACGGCAACUUAAAGUAACAUACAUGGAAGCCUCAGCAAAAAUCAGAUUGAAUGUAGACCAAGCUUUUCAUGAACUUGUCAGAGUUAUAAGGAAAUUUCAGGAACAAGAGUGCCCUCCUUCACCAGAGCCAACACGGAAAGAAAAAGACAAGAAAGGCUGCCAUUGUGUUAUUUUCUGAGAAUCCCAAGAACCAAGCUAUCAACUGCCAGAUUAUUUUUUUUCUUUCCAUCAUUUUACAUCACUUCUGGUAUUGGUCUAGCCUUAUAUGUGCAUGUCCUAAAAGUGGUCACCAGAAUAGCCUUAGUCCAAGAAGCUGGCAGAAUAGUUCUUGAAGAAGACUCGGUCAUCCUGGGGCAGACUUCAUACCAAAACACUAAGGCUGCUUCUCUAAUACCACAGUUCCUUCUCUCCCUUCAGAGCUUGCACCUUGUGGAGUUUUAUUCGCAAAGGAGAUGAAACAAAACCGCGUAGGACAAGGUGUUGAAGUCAUGCAUAAGUUGUCUCUUGUGAAUUAAUUUAUUUUUACUUCUGACAUUUCAUUAGCUAUUACAGAGACCUAUAUUGGAGUAUAGAGAAUACUUUUUAAAAAAGGGGUGGAUUGGCUUUUUUUUUGYUUUGCCCUCAGUUAAAUUAGACUUGAGUAUUCAGCUAGCCUUAAAAAACCUACACUGAAUUUCAUUGUCAGCAAAAAUUCUCAUCUCUCAUUUAUGCUGCAGUUUUAUUUCGGUGGCCAAAACAUUCUACUGUAUUUAUUUUAUGAAUCCAGAACAGCUACAGGAUGAUUACUACUACUAUUAGGAUAUGGCCAAAUACCUGAGCUCAUUCUGGAUUGAGGCAUUUUAGCUUAUUAAGAAAUUUCACAUCAUGUUUGAAAACAAAUUGUGUCUUCCUUUGUAUUUCUGGGUAAGGGAUUAAGGAAAACUAAAAUUGUAGCUGUUUUUGUUUCAUGUGAUAUAAAAAUGAAUUUGAUCUUUCCAUUGUCAGAGAUGAUUAAAUGUUUUUGCUAUAUACUUUUAUACAUUAUUUUCUUAUCAAACUAGUUAACAAGUAUUUUUAUAUGUUUGUAAGCAAAUAUGCUUUCACAGCAUAACUUGUGUAUAUGUAAAGAUGAGUAUUUAAUUCUCACAGUUCACUUUUAACUGACAAAAAUGUGGGAUUUGCCAAACUGUGGUAAAUUUCUCCUUACUCUCCCGGUUAUACCCAAGAAUGGCCAAUUAUGUGCCUGCCCAGCACACCUAUAGAAUAAAAUCUAGUGUUGUGUUUUAAUGAAUUUAAGUAUCCCUUACUAAAGACUGACCAUUAUGUGAAUUAUUAAACUGUAAGACUUUUAACUGAUUGUUUAGUUAAGCUGUGGAUGGUUGUUUAAUUUUGAGUUCUGUGGAUUGUGUUUAAACAAUUCAAGAGUAUGGUCCCUGCUAUUGAAAUACUGAGUGGUAUUGCACAGUUGUCACCUUAACUGAAUGUGUCCAACAGUUCUUUGAAACUUGAUUAUGAAGCAAACCCUUGUAUAACUUCAGGUGCUAGAAUUAAAGAUGAUCUAACCAUUA